AGGCGCAGAGGAGGCCCGGGCGCGCGGCCGGUGGCGGUUGGCGGCGCGUGGGGCCGGCGGGCGGUUGCCGUGGGCAGGACCUGAGUGCAGGCAGCUAGAGCCGGCGCCAUGGUGGAGAAGGAGGAGGCUGGCGGCGGCAUCAGCGAGGAGGAGGCGGCGCAGUAUGACCGGCAGAUCCGUUUGUGGGGAUUGGAGGCUCAGAAACGGCUGCGGGCCUCCCGGGUGCUUCUAGUCGGCAUGAAAGGACUCGGGGCUGAAAUUGCCAAGAAUCUCAUUCUGGCAGGAGUGAAAGGACUGACCAUGUUGGAUCCUGAACAGGUAUCUCCAGAAGACCCCGGAGCUCAGUUCUUGAUCCGUACUGGCUCUGUUGGCCGCAACAGGGCAGAAGCCUCUUUGGAGCGAGCCCAGAAUCUCAACCCCAUGGUGGAUGUGAAGGUGGACACUGAGAAUAUAGAAAAGAAGCCAGAGUCAUUUUUCACUCAGUUUGAUGCUGUUUGUCUGACUUGCUGCUCCAGGGAUGUCAUAGUCAAAGUUGACCAGAUCUGUCACCAAAAUAGCAUCAAGUUUUUUACAGGAGAUGUUUUUGGCUACCAUGGAUACACAUUUGCCAAUCUUGGAGAGCAUGAAUUCGUAGAGGAGAAAACCAAAGUUGCCAAAGUUAGCCACGGGGUAGAAGACGGACCUGAUACCAAGAGAGCAAAGCUUGAUUCUUCUGAAACAACUAUGGUCAAAAAGAAGGUGGUCUUUUGCUCUGUUAAGGAAGCGCUGGAAGUGGACUGGAGCAGUGAUAAAGCGAAGGCAGCUCUGAAGCGCACAACUUCGGAUUACUUCCUCCUUCAAGUGCUUCUGAAGUUCCGCACAGAUAAAGGAAGAGAUCCUAGUUCUGAUACCUUUGGGGAAGAUUCUGAGUUGUUGCUCCAGAUUCGAAACGAUGUGCUUGACUCCCUGGGUGUUAGUCCUGACCUGCGGCUCAUCACCGAAACAAUUUACUUGGUUUUUAACCUACCUUCUUUGUUUUUCUUAGUGCUUCUGAAGUUCCGCACAGAUAAAGGAAGAGAUCCUAGUUCUGAUACCUUUGGGGAAGAUUCUGAGUUGUUGCUCCAGAUUCGAAACGAUGUGCUUGACUCCCUGGGUGUUAGUCCUGACCUGCUUCCCGAAGACUUCGUCAGGUACUGCUUCUCCGAGAUGGCCCCGGUGUGUGCGGUGGUUGGAGGGAUCCUGGCCCAGGAAAUUGUGAAGGCCCUGUCUCAAAGGGACCCUCCUCACAACAACUUCUUCUUUUUUGAUGGCAUGAAGGGCAGUGGCAUUGUGGAGUGCCUCGGCCCCAAGUGAGCCCAAGACUUGGCAGCCCUGGAGAUGCUGACCUGCAGCCUGACCGCACGUGUGCCCUGUCCCCGCCUCCCCCCACGAAGGCCGCUCCAGGUGGGGGUGGGGAGAGAGUGAAGCCAUUGGACCAGUACAGACCAUUUCCUGCGAGCAAUGAGCUUGUACAGAUGUGUGACUUCCAAGCACCAGCAGCUGCUCAGCAAGGGGCGUAGGGACUGGCCGUCUCCAUCCCAGCACUGUCGAGGGCUGUUUGCCAGCCGUCACCCGAACGCCCCCUCUGACGCAUCCCUCUGUCCUGGGGCUGCCACGGCAUCGCCAGCCCUCUGGGCUACCGCGGGAGACACCUGCCAGGAGCCAGCACACCUUGUUGCUUGGGAGCCUCUUGCCACCUCCUGGACUUACUCCCUGCCUGAUGUCAUACAGAGAAGAGCAUGACUGCAGGUGGGGAAUAAGACCCGGCCCGAUGAAACACUAGCGCAGCCACAGUUCCAAAUGCAGACAGGUGCCCCAGAGAGGAAAAGACACGGCAGGCGGAAUGUAUUUCCUCCAGAGUUUGAGAUCCUGCAAAACAACAGGUGGUUUGUGGUGUGCUGUUCUUGAGUUUUAGUUCAGGAUUAGUCGGGUUUCAGCCGGGAUUUUGGAAGAGAGGAAAUGUUACUAAAGUUCCCUCGGGCAUUAGGGCGAGACCUUGCGAAGUGAAUGUUAGUGGGAAAAGUUGUUUUAAAAAAACAGAUUCCAGGGUCCCACUCCCUGAGGAUUCUGAAUUACUGGGGCCCAAGCGACAAAGGAGCCUGUCUGAUCAGAGCCCCCUCCCCCCCAUCCCUGAUGCGGCUCAGACCGUCCUGGAAGCUGUUGCUUUCAAGGGCUGUGUCAGUCCUUUCCUUACCCCCGAAUCGCAGCUGUUCGUGUUUUUUUAUAUUUUCUAUAUUUCCUUGAUUCUUUAAAAAGGAAUGAUAGAAAUAAAGUUAUUUGCUUUAGGA